AUGCUCCGGCAACGUCGCGAUCGCAUCAACCUGACGCGCGGCAAGGCAGCCGAUCCCUCCUCGGCAGCAGCCCCCGAGUCAACGACCACUGAGAUGGCCGACGCCAACGCCCAAGCCGCACUGGAUCUCGGUGGCCGUGACCGCCGGAAUCGCUGGAUCUUUCUCGCCAUGGCGAGCGGCGCCUGUGCGGCCUUAAACGGCGUCUUUGCGAAGCUAACGACGACGAGUCUCACUACGAGCGUAUCCCAAACCAUCGCCGGCUUCCUGGGCAUAUCCUCAGGAGAAAAGGUGGUCGAAGCGGCCGUCCGAGGUUCCUUCUUCGCCCUGAACCUCGUAUUCAAUGGUAUCAUGUGGACGCUCUUCACCGCCGCCCUCGCCAAAGGCACAUCGACCACCCAGGUCUCUAUCGUGAACACUUCCACCAACUUUGUCCUCACCGCCUUGCUCGGGCUCGCCCUGUUCGCCGAGGCCUUGCCGCCACUGUGGUGGGCCGGUGCUGCGUUGCUCGUCGCCGGCAACGUCAUCGUUGGCGCCAAGGACGAGACCGAGGAUGCUCCAGGCACCUGCACCGCCCAGUCGGACCUUGGGGAGCCCCUGAUUCCGCUCGACGACCCCAAUCACAUCGUCGACGAGUGCUUUGUGGAUGAAGACGUGGCCGACUUGGGAAACCUUCCAAGAAACGACGGCAGCCCAUCACUCAUCUAG